GUGGAGAUUAAACCUCUAGUUUUUGGGAGUGAUUCUGAGAUGAGAUACCUGUUCUGUUCUGAACUGUUUGGCUGGUGUCCUGUAGUGUGCAUGGUCCAGUCAGUCGCUUUGCUGCUUUGUACCGACGGACUGAAGACCAGUCAUCUUGUAAUCUUGACUGACCGAUGUUGCCAUGUUGAGAUUUUCCCAGUUAUCUUAGACGGUUGAUGAGAUCAUAUUGCUCUUUUUUCUGAGAGUGAUUCUGGGGUUAAUCCUUACUGCCCAUCCUGAUUGAUCCUCAUUUUUGUUUUUGUUCAACUGAAUCCGUUCUGAAUUGAUCUAUUCGUAGGGGUUUUGGAUCCUCAUUUUUGUAACAUUUACACUCAACACUACAUGACAUAACUGGAAUGAUUGGACUCGUAUUCAUUAGACCAUUUUAAAUGGGUCAAGCUUUUUUUAGCUUGAAGUUUUGGCUGGUUUGUUUGUGCAUUUGGGUAGGCGCCAAAUUGAGGAGUGGAUUCCAAGAGACCGUGAUCGACACUACAAUUUGAAGAAGCCAAACUGGUGCAGCCGGAGCCUCCAAUGCUCUAAACGAAACAUCAAAAACCUUGCCCUCCACGGCCAUGGCGUCAACGGUGACAGCCACCGAGCCGCUCCUCCUCCGGCAGCAGCAGUGCCACCGUCCGACGGCCAACCGCGCCAGCAGACUCACCGUCAUGGCAGCGACAGUGCUGGUCCUGCUCUUGCUGCUAACGCCUGCAUCCGGCCAUCUCCACCUUGGGCUGUUCUCCCCGCCGCCGGCCGAGCCUCCUGUCAACCUGACCAUCGUCGCCGGCGCCACAGAGAAGGGAGCUGUGUGCUUGGAUGGGACCCCGCCGGGGUACCACCUGCAGAGAGGCUCCGGGGACGGGUCCGACAGCUGGAUCAUCCAUCUACAGGGGGGAGCCUGGUGCGGCACACUCAAGGAUUGCUACGACCGCAGCAUGACUGACCUCGGUUCAUCAAGUUUCAUGAAACCGGUGAUGUUUGCCGGUGCUGGGAUCUUUGAUGGUGAUCAGCUGCAGAAUCCUAAUUUCUACAACUGGAACAAGGUAUAUGCGCGGUAUUGCGAUGGGGCAUCAUUCUCUGGGGAUGGCGAAGGCCAAUCUGAGAAUGGAGCCACACUCCACUUCAGAGGAUUGCGCAUCUAUGAAGCGAUUAUUGAUGAACUCAUGGAUAAAGGACUCAACAAUGCUACACAGGCAAUCCUUACAGGCUGUUCUGCCGGUGGUCUAUCCACACUUCUACAUUGCGACGAUUUUAGUGCACGUUUUUCGCAGGAGGUUUCAGUUAAAUGCCUUGCUGAUGCUGGGUUUUUUCUUGACGUGAAGGAUAUAUCUGGAAAAUGGUCCUUUUGGGCUGUUUAUGAUGGAGUUGUUAGCCUCCAGAAUGUCCGAGAGGUGUUGCCCAAGGAUUGCCUUGCCUACAAUGAGCCAACCGAGUGUUUCUUCCCGGCUGAGCUUAUCAAGAGCAUUCACACACCCACGUUUAUUCUGAACUCCGGGUAUGAUUCGUGGCAGAUACAAAAUGUUCUUGUACCGGAUUCAUCGGCUCCUGACGAGUCUUGGUCGAGUUGCAAGGAUAAUAUCCAAAACUGCAACUCCACACAAAUUGAUAUUCUUGAUGGGUUCAAGAACACGAUGGUGGAUGCUCUAAACGUUGCCGGAGAUGAGGAGGACUUGGGGCUGUUCAUCGAUUCGUGUUUUACUCACUGCCAGACGCUCUCCGAUGUCUCCUGGAAUUCAGCAGUCUCCCCGAGGCUUGGAAACAAGACCAUUUCAGAGGCUGUUGGUGAUUGGCACCAUGGAAGGAGAUUCAGAGAGAUUGACUGCGAUUAUCCGUGCAACCCAACAUGCAACCGUUAAUUGCCUCCAUGAUCUAUUGUUACUAAUUUGGACUGUGUCUGAAAUUUAGUGAUGUCACGAUUCAAGAAAAUAAUAGGGCAAAACCAGCAAUCAUCUAUAAUAUCACAUUCAAAUUUUGAGACCCUCCACGUGCCUCCUAAGUAAUCAAAGGAGAAUUCAAUCCUAGCUGUCGACUGAUUGAGGGUGCAUUCAGCUAUAUAACAUACCAAAUAUAGCAAGAUAUUUAAGAGUUUUGUUGACAGACUUCACGUUCUCUGUAUUUUGUGGUCAUUGAGGUACAAUAUACCAUGCAUACCUCACAUCGCAUAUGUAUUACAAUAUCUGCCUAUUCUUUACCUU